AUGCCUACUCUUGUCUUCACACCCUUUGACCGUGACCUUGAGGUCCCUGGAACUGAGUUGCUGAUCGAUGUCCAGCACAAUCUGGAUGUAGCUCAUGGAGACUCAGACAUCAUUCUGCUCCCGCCUCCAACAACUUGCCCGGGUGACCCACUGAACUGGGGGAAAUGGAAGAAAUUUUGGCAUCUGUUUCUAAUAUCUACCUAUGCAUGCGUCUUCUCUUUUGCAGAGAACAACACUGGAGAUGCAUGGACGACCAUCGUUGAUAUGACUGGAUCAACCAUGACAAUCAUGAAUGGGGGUGGCGCUCUCAACUAUCUGCUCCUCGGCUUCGUGAAUAUUUUUUGGAUUCCUGCGGCGAUGAAGAUUGGCCGCAGAUUUUGCUUUUUAGUCACGUUAAUUCUCUGCAUUGGGUCUUCAAGUUGGAUGGGCUCCUUUCAUACCGCCGGGGAAUGGUUUGGCAGCAACAUCGUUAACGGACUAGGUACCUCAGCAUACGAAGCAGUCAUCCAAUUGGUUGUCUUUGACUUGUUCUUCGACCAUCAGCGUGGCCGCAUGCUGGGCGUCUACAUUUUUGCUCAACAACUAGGAUCCAUCAUUGGGCUAGUGUCUGGAGGAUAUAUCGCAGAUGGCCCUGGCUGGCGAUGGGCUCAGUGGAUUGUCGCCAUUGUCGAAGCUGGCCUUCUAUUGAUAUUUUUCUUUACAUUCGAGGAGACCUUGUUCCCGCGCUUUCUCUUCUCACAGACCCUUCCUCUGAAUGAGUCCAAACCACACAUCCAGGGAGUCCCUCCACCUGAAGCUGAAGAUACCAACCAGGAAAAGGUGAAUUCUCGACAGAGGAGAAUAUCAGUCGUUUUGAAUGAUACCAAUGGCUCAAAUGGUAGCUCUGGCGCAGGUGGUUCAAUACAAUUGGAUUUUUCCAAGCGGACAUUCGUGCAGACACUUAAACCUUGGGUUUACUACCCUCAGGAUCUGACGUCAUACUGGACAUACUUCAAACGACCAUUUUUCCUUCUGACAUUUCCAAAUGUUCUUCUAGCUGGCGUCAUUUUUGCCUUCGGCUGCACAUCUGGAAUUGUCACCAACAAUACGAUAUCAGAGACUCUUUCUGCACCUCCUUAUAAUUUUACAGAUGGACAAACUGGCCUUACAUAUAUCUCUGCUCUAGUUGGCAGUAUCAUCGGUUGGAUCACAAGCGCCCUUGGUGACCAGAUUGUUCUACAUCUUGCACGGCGCAACAACGGGGUGAAAGAGCCGGAGAUGCGCUUGUGGGCUUUGGUACCAUGUGUGCUUUAUGCCGGAAUUGGUUAUGAGAUAUAUGGAUGGGGUGCGGAAACAGGGUCUCAUUGGAUCACAAUUGCUGUCGGCAUUGGAUGCAUGAUUGCUCAGCAGGUCGCUGCAACCACAACAGUAUGCUCCAAGUUUCUCUAG